ACACACAUGCGUGGUUGAGUAUUGGUUACAUUGAUGUAUGGGUAUCAACAAAUCAAUAGGCUUUGUUUCUGAGAAAUACAUCCACGGGUACUGAAGCACAGACACACAACCGUUUGCUGAAAACGCGUUGUUAACAUCCUGACCAGGAUUGAAAUAUGCCACUCGCCGCCCAGCGCAAGAUGGACAUACAUGAAUAACCCACCUGGAUAUACGAAUGCUACUGUUCUGGCACCUACCUUCAAUCGAACCCAAGUUAACGCCAACCAGACGGGCGUGAUGUACCAGGAAAGUGCGACCCAGGGCACACAGGGCCAUACUUAUAAUUAUGUACCAAACCAUAUAUACCAGGAUGGACCGUACCAAGGGGCACAGGGCCAUGGUUCCUACCAACGUUUUGGAGUCCCAGUCCCGCCUCAACCUGUUUACCCGCAAUAUAAUGGCUUAUCCGGAGGUCACAACACAGUAAGCCUACGGGAACGUGAAACAGAACAAAACUCCAACAAUAACGCUAAUAAAAUCCCUGGUCAGCCUAUCUCAUUAUCGACGAGUUACUCAUCGGCACCACAGCCUUCUACAUCACAGUUAUCGAAUUCACCCCAAAAACCAAAGGCACAGCAAGGAAAUAAAGAUAUCAAAUCGGCCUCAAACCUCGUAACAACUGAUAAAUCUUCCAACACCAAAGGACAGAACAGCAAUUCUGGACCAUCUAUGCAGAAAGGCAAGGAAAUAGAGGUCGCGGAUGGUAACCUCACGCUUGAAUUGCCAGCGGCUGGUUCAACAGAAGAAAAACCGCCAGAUGGCGGUUCUGUUGCAUGGAGAAUUGUUCUUGCUUGCACAAUUCUAAACGCAUGUAGCACUACGUGUUUGACGAUACUUUUGUUUAGUGCUGAAAGUAUGAAGGACGAUAUUGGUGAGGACGAAACUGAGAGCAUCACUACAGCGUGUAAAGAAAUCCGACUAUUGGCAGCACCUGUUGUGGCCAUUGCUAUAGUGAGACUUGAUUACCGGAAGGUAUCCUGCAUCGGUUCCAUAAUGGUGAUAAUUGGGUUCCUCGUUUCUGGUUUCCUGCCCUCAGAUUUGACUGGUGUAAUUGGUUUAUUUCUUGGUGGAGUCGCAGGGCUUGGUCUGGCCUGCUGGUACCUAUGUGCCAUCAUACCAAUACUGGAGUACUUUCAAAGUCGACGACUCAUCGCUCUGAUGUUGUCGAAUGUGGGCUCUUUUGCCUCAGUGAUCAUCAUUCUCGUCGUGUAUGUAGAGAUGUUCAAGGUUGGCAACCAGAUGAAAUGGAUGGACACUUUGCAGUACAUGGCGAUACCCGGAGCUGUGGGACUAGCCGUUUCCUACUUCCUCCGGCCUUUGCAGUUAAAGAUGAAUGAUAAAACUGGGCAGAGCUUUGUUGAAGUAAUGCUAGGCGUUUUAGACUUAAGAUUGUUCAAAGAAUUGACGCUGUAUUUAGUCAUGUUGGUGUACUUCUUCGACCAGUUUGGUCGAGGCAUACCAAAUUCCUACAUCACAGUGAUGAUGACCGAUAAGGAGUUUACGAUCUUGGGAGACACUCAUACAGCUCUUCCUGGUCCCUGUUGGCAUGAUGAUAGGUUACAUAUACAUUAUCUCCUGGAAGCAAAAAGGACUUAUCGCAGUUCUCUCAUUAUGGGGACCUGUGGACCUGUUUGUAGGCUAUAUGACGUUACAGCUUCCUGCUUUCGACAAAUUUGGAUGGGUCGCCGCCUACUCUAUCAUAUUUGGAAUCACCCAAGCAAUCGCUUCAUCACUACUUAAUAACACAGUGCCGAAUACGUUCGGAGUCAUCAACAUCCGACUAGUGACAGCUUUGCUGGGGUUUUCCGCCGGAGUCGGUCAGCUUGUCGCCUCUCCAGCUGCAGAGAUGGCUAACAGAAGAUACGAGGCUGAUGAUUAUGCUGCUGCCUUUUAUGUUGCUGCUAGCAUGUUGCUCGCAGCAGGAGGUUGUGCGCUAAUGUCCAGAUAUUUACUUAUCCGGAAAAUUUCUAAAGAAUUAGCAUUAAAGGUGAAUGACAAAGGUGAAGAUGACGCUGGUGGCGAUAAGAAUGAGCCAGACGAAAAUGACAAGGCAACAGAGCAUCAGAACGAAAGUUCUGAUAUCGCUGAAGUUCUUAAUUCUGCAAAUGAAAUUAUCGAGGAGGUUGAUAUCACGGAUAUGGAAUAUUAACAGGAACGUUUUGUUACCAAGCUAACAUAAGCUUUUUGUAGAAAAAUAUAUAUAAGAACGGUUAUUUGUUCCGUGUUUGAAUUAUAAAAUCCGCCUAAGAUAUUCAUUUCUUUGAAUUGUAAAGAAGGUUUACAACAAACCGUUAUUUCAAUUUAAUCAAAGCUAAUCAGUGUGAUUAAAAAUACGAGCAAAAUGGACAAGAGACGAAAGACAUAAAAAGAACGAAACUUGUUUGAGUGACAAGAAAUAAGAGUGAUAUAUAAUUUACAUUCUCAUAAUUGUUUUAUGCUUACCAAGUUUAUAAUGCAGUGUAAAUUCGACUUCUUUCUGUACUAAAAUGCUUUGUGUAACCAUUUAUAUAGACAGGAAAAUCAAUGCAUUGGUAUCUUUUCAACCAACUUUGGAGUCCUUUAUCAAAGCAUGCUACAUGCCCAAUAUGAAGUAACAUGGCUCGUUGGUUAUUGGACAAUUGAAGAAGAGUAUAGCCUGUUUAGGUCAAGAUCAUUUGAGCAAACUUUGUAGCCCUUUACCCAAGCAUCCCAAUGACCGAAUAUUAGGUCUCAAGACUCUCUAAGUUAUUGAGUGAAAGCUUCAAAUGAAGAUCGAUGUCAAAAAGUGUCGGAACACCUUAACCACCCGGCCAACGCGGCCCCAUGGUAAAGAUCGAGAAAAGGUCGUUUUAAGAUCCUUUUGAUCAAAGUCAUCUUAAAUUUUGGUCAAUGUCAUUCAUUUGAACAAACUUUGAAGCCCCUCAUUCCAUCAUCAUACAAACCUUAUAUCGGGUAUUUGGGACAUCCCAGUGAUUUAGAAGUCGUUUAAAGAUUUCAGCCUAUUUGCCCCCAACAGCAUCUAUGAUUAUUUAGGGCGGCCGCCCGGUGUGCGUUUGUGUAUUUUGAGAGGCUGUGGUAGGUUUGUGUUUGUUUCCUGGUGAAAUCGUGGCACUGAUGUCGACUUUAUAUAUCUACUUCACUGAAGCAUACAUACUGCCGAGGACACAGCAAGACAUCCCAUUCGGUCACAUCAUACUAACGACGGGCCAAAUAGUCCCACUACCUAUAAAGCUGACCGAAAAGCAGAAGUAGCAAAAUUCAUUUUUAGUUCGUCUCUGCGAAGAAGAGUGAGAGCUUAUGUUGUCACUCCGGCGUCGGCGUUGGUUUUUUAAAUGUUAAAUUUUUGGUGCCAGUGUUGAAAGGCAUAGUAA